AUCAACAUGUGCGCGAGUGGUUCGGUUACUGAUUACAGGUGAUGUUAUAGUUUGUUUGUGAUAAGGCUCGGUUUCCAGCACAAAGUCCUGCCAGGUACAACAAGCCUGUAGGCUAUUUUGUUCACAUCCCUUCCAUCCAUCUUAGGACCACUGCUGCUUCUCAGGUUGGCAAUCCUUGCUAGAAACCACAGCAGCAUCAUGAGUGUAGAGUCCACCAAGCCACGUGAUGCUUGCUGCUCCAAGUUCAAGCUUUUUCUGGCCUCUAUGGCAUUCGCGUACUUUGCCAAAGCCUUUGGUGGUGCAUACAUGAAGAGCUCCAUCACCCAGAUUGAAAGGCGCUUCGACAUCCCCAGCUCACUUAUCGGGGUCAUAGACGGCAGCUUUGAAAUGGGCAACCUUUUGGUAAUAGCCUUUGUGAGCUACUUUGGUGCGAAGCUCCAUCGUCCCAGACUGAUUGCGAUUGGCUGCAUGAUCAUGUCUGUUGGGUCCUUCCUCAUUAGUCUACCACACUUUCUGCAGGGCCCGUAUAAAUACGAGACCAGCAUGAUUCACAAUACCCAGGUCAAUGGCACGGAGAGCAUCCUGCCGUGUUCGUCCAACCACAGUUUGACCGAUGUUGACGACACACCCGAUUUAGCAACACGAGCAGAUUGUGAGAAGGCCGCUGGUUCGUCCAUGUGGGUUUACGUGUUCCUGGGAAACAUUCUGCGUGGGAUUGGAGAAACCCCCAUCAUGCCCCUGGGGGUGUCCUACCUGGAUGACUUUUCCAAAGAAGAGAACACUCCUUUCUACUUGGCCUGCAUCCAUACAGUGGGAAUCUUGGGCCCCAUGUUUGGCUACAUGAUGGGAUCCUUCCUUGCCAAGAUCUACGUGGACGUUGGAUCCGUGAAUUUAGAUAGCGUGACCAUCAACUACAAGGACUCCCGCUGGGUCGGGGCCUGGUGGCUGGGCUUCAUCGCGACCGGCACAAUUAUCUUGCUCUCCAGUAUCCCCUUCUGGUUCCUGCCCAAGUCUCUUCCAAAGCAGGGGAAGGAGAAGGACCAGAGUAAAGGCCUGGAGCUCUGCACAGAGACAGAGCAGGAUAAUUUCCUCCAGGAUCAGGAAGAGAAAGAAGUUACAUUCCAGGAAAUGGCUAAAGAUUUCAUUCCAUCACUGAAGAGACUCUUCAGGAACAGCAUCUACUCCAUGAUGAUCCUCACCUACCUGGUGAUCGUCAAUGGCUUCAUCGGCAUGAUCACCUUCAAGCCAAAGUUCUUGGAGCAAAUCUAUGGCCAGUCGGCCUCCAAGGCCAUUUUCCUCAUAGGUAUCCUCAAUCUGCCAGCAGUGGCCUUAGGCGUCAUUACUGGAGGUUUUGUUCUGAAGCGUUUCAAGCUGGGCGUGAUUGGGGCAGCCAGGGUGUCCAUAACGGCGUCACUUGGCUCCUUUUGCCUGCUGGUCGUGCAGGUCUUCCUUCGUUGCGAGAACGCGGAGGUGGCUGGCCUCACUGUCACAUAUCAAGGAAUCCCUGAUGUGUCCUAUGAGCCGCAGACAUUGUUGUCACAAUGCAACGCCGGCUGCUCCUGCUCAAUGAAGCAGUGGGACCCAGUGUGCGCCUACAAUGGGAUGACGUAUCCUUCUCCCUGCCUGGCUGGGUGUGAGACCUCCACGGGCACUGGAAAGGAGAUGGUGUUCCAUAACUGUUCUUGCAUUACCGAAAUGAUCAGUCCAAGCCAAAAUACCUCAGCGGUGCUGGGCCAGUGCUCCAGGAAAAGCGACUGCGACCGGGUCUUCAAAAUCUACAUGGUUCUGUCCGUGGUGGGCUCCUUCAUAUCGGCGUGUGGAGGCACCCCUGGUUACAUUGUGCUGCUCAGGUCCAUACAGAAAGACUUGAAGUCUCUGGCUUUAGGAAUGCAGACGUUAAUCGUAAGAACUUUGGGUGGGAUACCUCCUCCUAUAUAUUUUGGAGCCCUAAUUGACCGGACUUGUUUGAAAUGGGGUACCAAGCAGUGUGGAGGCCGUGGCGCGUGCAGACUUUAUGAUGCAGACGCGUUCAGGUGGAUAUUCAUGGGGUUGAUUGCUGGACUAUACCUCCUGUCGAACAUGAUGUGGGGAGGCCUGUACUGCAAAAUUGUCCAGAGGCAGAAGAAAUUGGCAUUGAGGGAGCAGGCCAAAGAAAAUGGACUCGAGGGGAACAGUGUGAACGGACAUGCUAAUGUCAAUAUCGCUCUAAACAAAGAGGACACAGACCAAGAGAGCACCAUUUAAAUGAUGUGGUCAUGGUACAGCUAUCGCCACAUAUCCGCGGUUAGAUUUGCAAAUUUUGGGGGCGAACCCAUCUUCCGUUAUUCGCUGAAAAGUAACACGAUGACUUUGGCGCCUUCAGGUGGCAUCUUGGUGCCAAGAAAAACUAUUUCAAGUGAGUUGAGGAGCUUCAUUUAGACAAAAGUAGUCCUCAGUUGGUAAAAAAAAAAAAAAAAAACAUUUAAAAUAUAACAAAUAGGAAAGGGAGAGUGGCUUCUGACAUCCUGUGUUUCAUUGUGCACAGACUUGUUACAUCACAUGGACGAGUGAGUCAAGACGUCCCCAUUUGUACACCAUUCUUAACAUUUAUGUAAUUAGUGUUGAUAAUUUACAGAAUACAUAUUGAGUCAUUUGUCUUUGUAUAGUAACCAUAUACAGUGGGUACGGAAAGUAUUCAGACCCCCUUAAAUUCUUCACUCUUUGUUAUCUUACAGCCAUUUGCUAAAAUCAUUUAAGUUCAUUUCUCCCCUCAUUAAUGUACACACAGCACCCCAUAUUGACAGGAAAAAAAACCUGAGUUAAAUAUAUGAGUGUCACAGCAAAGGGUCUGAAUACUUAUGGCUGUGUGAUAUUUCAGUUUUUCUUUUUUAAUAAAUCAGCAACAAUUUCAACAAUGACCUUUUUUUCUGUCAAUAUGGGGUGCUGUGUGUACAUUAAUGAGGAAAAAAAAAGGAACUUAAAUGAUUUUAACAAAUGGCUGCAACAUAACAAAGUGUGAAAAAUUUAAGGUCGGAAAACUUUCCGUACCCACUGUAUAUUUUGUUCUGUAACGUCUUUUUGUACAAUUGUGUGGAUUGUUUCCUUAAAAAAGAAAAACAAAUACUACUGUUUUUCCCCAAUGUUGUUGUUGUUUUUUUAAAUUACUACCAUAAAUUUACCAUGAUA